AUGGCGAGUGAUGGUCUCCCUUCGAGCCAAGGACCCAUGUUUAACGCGGAUUUCCUUGGAGUCCUCAUAGCCUGUGCUAGUCUAGCGAUCUUCUCCUUGCUGUACUUCAACCGGGUGUUCGCUUCGCUCGUGUCCUGGGGAAUCCGCACCUACACAUGGCACCGCUACCAGAUUUAUAUCGAUAUCCAAGCCCUGCAGAUCUCUCUACUUGCCGGUCGCAUCUUUUUCACUGGUCUCCGCUACCAUGGGAACAAUGAGACCAUACUGGUCCAAAACGGGCAUAUUACUUGGGCCUACUGGUUGCGCAGGGUGCGAGAGGUACAGAUCGGGAAAAAUAAGGCAGCCAGACAGGAUGAUGAUGGCGCGCCUGCCGACCACUUGACCAAGCUGCCAUGCCGCGUCAAAGUCUCCCUCAUGGGCCUGGAGUGGUUCAUAUACAACCGAAGUCCGGCCUACGAUUCUGUUCUUGCUGGCCUUGACAAGUCUGACCCAGUGGCCAACAACACAAGGGAGCGCGACGUUCAAACCGAAACCGUGCCUGGCUCUACUCUGAAGCUGCGGAAGAGACGACAGGACCGACCUACUAAGAUAGAUGGAGCUACUCGCGCAAUGUCCUCUGCGAGCCGUGAAAAAAAUAGUGGUUCUUCGGACCGUCCUUGCUCUCCUGUCGCGGGACAUCCUUCCAGCCUACGAUCGUCAGCAUCAGAAACGGACGAUCGAGAAAGAAAUGGGAGUGACCACGCAGCCCAGUACGAAUCCCAGCUCCCGCUGUUCCUCCAGCUUCUCCCUAUACACAUCGAAUGCGAGAAAGCAGCAUUGGUGAUGGGUAAUGAAAACACCAGGGCUGUCCUUAUCAUCAAGGCGGAUACCUUGUCAGGCGAGGUUGAUGCUUCCGAGACAAAAACUCCUGAUCCCUACCGUCAGUACUUUCGGUUCAAAUUCAACCACCCAGUCAUUGAAAUGAGGGAGAACCCAGACUAUAAAGAGGACCAAGCUGCCCGAGCCGCGCGGGACAAGCACAUCCCCCAGGGACCGCUUGCUUCUCCACCAAAACGGUCGUUCCUUCGCUGGCAACGCCACGGGUUGCACGCUGGUCUCAGGCGUCUGAUACCGUUCUUGAACCCUUCUGUCGAGUCCCUUUCGUCUUCUGACAGAGAUAUUGACACAGCAACGGGCCAGGUUCCACCCAGUGGUCAAUGGCAGGGGCUCUCUCGCUACCUUUCGGAUGAUACCGAAGAUCAAAGGUCACGAUGGGCAUCAUGCGAAUAUGCUGCGGUGCCAACACUGUUAGAUAGCCCAGAGGCUUCUUUGACCAUCUUCUGGGAUGUUGCGGGCAAAGUGGCCCCAGGUCUUGGAGAGGAUGCGUCAGGGAGGGCCCUCAACAUCAACGGUGCAGAACCACCUGCUUGGUCAAUCACUUUGUCAAUCCACGGUGGCUCCAUCAACUACGGUCCAUGGGCGGAUAGACAUCGCGCUGAGCUUCAACGCAUCUUUGUGCCGAGCCUUUGUAAAGAUGCUGUCCCCGCUUCGCCUUUGCCUCCCGGUGCAUUCCGAAUGCCGACACAGUUCACAUUCUAUGUUGAGCUCACUGAUGUCACUACUAUUCGCAUUCCAACCAAGGAAGAAUCGAAGAACUGGAGGUGGAAGGGCAAGGAGUCGGUAUCGAAAAAAUUGCAGAGUCAUGACACACGCCGGGUGCGACGAUCUAAGAAGUCUGACCAACCUGCGGAUGUGCACUCGCGACCGUACGGCUGGCUCGAUAUCAAAGUCCCAUCCAACUCUACCGCCUCCUAUUCCAUGGAUAUGGUCGCAGGGCCUUCCGGAUAUACUGUCACUCUUGAAGUUGACUUCCCCACGACUGAAAUCACAAGCAGCAUCAACCAUGAAGUGCUUUGGAGGUCCGGACGGCAAAGAAUAUCAUGUGAUCUUUCCACGCCACUGUCUUGGAAUGGCCUGCGCCAGUGGCAUUUUAAUAUCAGCAGCAAUGAGUUGGAGCUCUAUCUUUUGCGAGAUCAUGUGUUCCUUCUUACGGACGUCGUGGAUGAUUGGGCAACUGGACCUCCCACAGAGUACCUUGUCUUCACUCCUUUUAAGUAUCAUCUGAACUUCCAACUUCACGACGUCAAGCUCUUCCUUAACCUCAACGACGCCAAUAUCAUCAACAAUCCCACAGACCCAGAGGAUAAUACGUACCUCAUAAUCUCCAGCCCCCUCCUUCGAAUCAAAACAUGUAUCCCAAUCGACGAGUAUCGCCCGAUGAGGAACACUAUCCCUUAUGACAUACGGGCUGACACUGUCUCGUUCGACUUGCAUGUCCCUCCAUGGAACACCCAAGCGUCGUUUUUGAGUUCAAAAGAAGUUGGACGCCUCGAAACCCUUGUUAUCAAAGGCACAUACCAUUAUAACGCGACUAUCUCGCCCGGCAAUAUUGAUACCCUCGUCGUAAAUGUUACUGGACAGUCACUAGUUGCCACCUUCUAUGGGUUCACUAUCCGAUACUUUCUCAAAGUUAAAGAUAACUAUUUUGGGGAGGAUAUUCAUUUCAAGACCCUGGAGGAGUAUCAGGAGUCGCUGCGACUGAAAGAGACGGACCCGGCUGCUGAGCUUGCCAAUCGCCCUCCGCCCAAGAAAUCAAAUGACUUGGAUGUCAUACUUAGCGUCCGGACCGAUGAUCCCAAGAUCAUCCUGCCAGCAAAUCUCUACUCAUCUCAACGCCACAUACAGAUCGAUACAGCGAGCUUGUGCCUUGACUUGCGCUUGACCAACUAUUACAUGGACAUGGAUCUUGUGGUGGCUCCGUUGAACUUCUCCCUUGGACACACGGGUUCGGGUGCAGAAACUCCCAUGAGUUCGACGUCUAGCACUCAGAUGUUCAUCGAUGGUCUGCACGUGUAUGGUCAUCGUCUUUUUGGACUUCCUCCGACCGAGCCGACCUACAUGUGCAACUGGGACCUUUCGGCAGGCGCUCUUACCGGCGAGUGCACUGUGGAAUUUUUGACGACCCUUGUUAACGCAGGUAAAUCAUUCGCAUUUAGCUUCGACGAUGACGAAAAUGCCUUAAUCCCUGCCUCGGCUCUCAUUGUUUAUGAUAUUACCUUCUUUCGAGCCCAUGUGCACUCCGUUCGUCUCUGGCUACAUGUUGAAGAUGCUGCAUUCCUUCUGUCAACAGGAACCAUCAACCUCAGAUACAACGACUGGGCCCGGUCGCAUUAUUCUAAGAGAGCUGUCAUCAAUAUCCCAGAUGUUAAGGUUUCUUGUCUGAACGCUGAGUCUGCCACGCGACAUAAAAGCCGUUCGAGCCGCCAAGUGGAAGCAGAUGCCCUUGUAGAGACGAGCGUGCGUCUAGCUGUCAUCACACGAAAAGCCCACUUCUCAGCGGAGAGGAAACUUCAGCAAGACCUUGUCCGCGCCAGUGACCAACGAACACGCAGAACCCAUUUUCUCAUUCUCCCCGAACUUGUUGCGGACGGUCAACUACCUUCCAACGUGGAGCCUGCUUCUCAGAGCAUUCCCCCUAUGCCGACCCCUCUCAAACCGGAAGAGCUUACCGGAGGCGACGGUGCGUCUUUCAUUUCGAGCGUCAGCUCGAACAGGUUUCAGGGGCUGAGGAGUCAGUCUUCGUUCUUGCCCUUUUCGAGUUCGGCGCAAAGAAGUGUGCGUAAGCCCCUCAGCUCAAAACGGUCAAGUAAGAAAGAGUUAACUUCCGAGCAAGGGAGCGCACGCUUUGGCGAUGAUGGGAGCACCCCAUGGGAACAUGCUUCACUGGCCCGACAGUCCCUCUAUCACCGCACGUCAGGAGAAACCGUGAAUUAUCAGGAUGCAGCACACAACACUGUCGCAUUCUCGAGUCAAUAUUUUGCUCCGUACUUUCCACUCGAGCAUGUUAGGCCAAGCCACCAGGAUGCAAUGAUGCAAACCAUUGAGGAUGACGAAGCCGACCUAAUCAAAUUCGAGUUAGCAGACAUCGAUCCGACUUCCCUCGAUGAAGACUUCGCCUAUUCGGCUGUUGUGUUGGAACUUCCUCCAGGCCUAAAUAUGUUCUGCAACCCGACCUCUCUGCGCUAUGUUGCAGCCCUUCUUUCCUCUCUUCAAUGCCUCGACCCUGACAAUAUCCUCGAUUCUUUGCAAAUUGAUUCCAUGAAAGAGAUCUUUGAUAUGCAGAAAGAUCAGACGAUGAAGGGUCGUAUUGGUGACUUUAUGGUCAAGCUUCCCCAGGUCAAUUUGCGUCUUGUCAACCCUGCAAGCCUUGACUCGCUGGAUCAAGCCACUGAUGAGCAUGACCAAUACGACGUAGUCCUCAAAAAGCUCUCUUUUAUGUCUCGAAUACAUACAACCUGGCAAGAUCCAUUUAAGGCAGCUUCAAGACAAGCCCGAAAUGCAUUCCAUCUCCGGUUGGCGUCCAUUGAAAUCGCAGCAACUGAAAGAUUGCAAGGUGUGGGUAAUCCUCAAGCAGCCGCAUCAGCAAGAGUUGAAAAUGUGAUAGCUUUUGGCGAUACCAGAGAUGCUACUUCUCUCUAUCUCGAAGUUGAUGCAAUUGGAGCCAGUACAUCUUCCGGGAAAGUUGAUUCUUUGGCUUCAUUGAUACAUCGAGCCAGUCUUUUAGGAGCUGAUCUUGGCAAACUCUUCUCCGAAACCUCAUCCCAGGAGAAGAUGGUGACGCGAAAUCUUGUUCGUCACCUUAUUGCAAAGAAACAAGAAACACCAGAUCCCUCAUUCUUAGUCCGUCCUUCAGCAGUUCUCAGGUCCGCAACUCAGCACUUGAGAACCUUCGAUUCGUGGAAGUUGAUAAUGCGUCUUCGCCAAAUGUGGACGGUGUUGGAGGCGACUGAGGCCGAGGAACUUCUUGCCUCCUGUUUUACACCGCCAACGAUUUCUCUGAUUCAAGCCAAGAAGGAAGUACUUUCGGCUUUCGAAGGAUGGAGAAGUUGGGACUUGGACAACAUUGAGGAGAGUGUCUUUGUCAAUUUGAUUUUCGGCAACGGUGUUGAUCGCUCGGCGUCAUCAGCCACCAACAAGCCAACGUUUGUGGCUGCAAAGAUCAAGCAACUGCAGCUCGCACUGAAUCCAGGACCGAAGCAAAAUGGGAUCAUACUUUUAGAUCUGGCUAUAAGGGUCCAACUGGAGCCCUCUUCGGACCAGCAUCUUGGUGAAGGUUUACCCCCUAGCAUUACUUCAAACAUCAUUAAUGUCAGCUGUGGUAAUGCCACUGUCAGUUUGAACUGGGAGCUAUACGAACUCGCUGAGAAUAUUCUCAAUUUGGUGGAGAGAAUCGAUUCACAGUCUCUGAGCGAAUCCCUUCCAACUUCGUCAGACGUUAACCAGACGAAGACCGUAGCGCAUUCUCUGUCUGAGACUACAACUCAUUGUGUUGUGGUUCUUGACCACGGCUCUCUCAUCAUUGAAGCAAUCAACCUGUACUCGGAAUCCUUCGCUGACCAUGCACGGGCAUCGCUUCUCGUUAAGAGAGGGGCCAACAAUGCUACCGACACCAACCUGAUCCUUAGCUGCGACUCGGUCUCUUCCAGCUUACGCAGCCAUCAUCAAAAACUCGCCAAGCUCUCUCUGGAAAUGCCAAGUGUUUUUGCUUCUCACGAGUUGCGAGCCAGUGAAACCACGGAUUCUCACACCAUCAAAGCCACUGCUAGCAAUCGAUACAUGAGCCUGAUGGUCAAGCAGGACCCCAUCACUCUGGCUGAAGUGUUGGACCUGUUAGUGCGAGAUGAGUUUGCUCAGCUUUCCCAGCUAAAGAAACAGCUUCCGUCACUGCUCAUGACUCCGGCAGCACCAAAAAACAUAAAAGACCGACUCACCGCCUUCCGGGUGAAUGUGGCUCUGUUCAUGGAUCGUUAUACCAUCACCAUCCCAUUGCUCCGCUCUCUCACCUAUACGGUUCAUGGAACAGUGUCGCGAGCAGCAAUUGCAGCAAACUUUGGUCGAGAAAUUAUCUUUGACUUCGAUAUUAAAGAAAACUCCCACGAUAUUCAGAUUCAAGCAAAUAAUGUUUCUCGGAGCAUUUCUCUCCUCCAAAUCCCUCCGACAAGUGGACGGAUUCGAAGCCACAUAGACCACGAAGAACACAUGGUCAGUGUGUUUGCGUCGGUGGAGCUGGUGCAGUUGGAUGUUGGAGCUGUAUACAGCCUGCUGUCUGCUCUCAACAGGCCAGAGAUAUCGAGUGCCAUGAGCGAGCUUCAAGAACAGAUCAAGAUCAUUGAGGAACAUAUCAAAGAAGUCACUGGACAUGAGGACUUGCAUUUUGAAAAGGGCUCCCCGCGAAGCAACCAGAGUACUCUUGUUUAUGCUGUUCACCUUACGCUGGCCGGAAUUGAGAUAUUUGGGGAAACUCCACUCACGUCUGAUACUACUGCUCUCGCGCACAUUUCAUUCUCUCUUGACAGCAUUCAUCUUAGUCUGGCCAACCGUGUAGAGCAACAUGGCCCAACACUGACGUACCCCGAACUGAACCUCAACCUGCGGCGUAUCUCAUGCCAAUUCAAGAGGGGUGUUGCCGGGGCAAUGACAUGCUGUGGCAAUGUCGUGUUUGGAGCCCUGAUUACCGCCUCUUCCCGGCCCAACGAAGAUGGGAAAGAGGAAAGGUUCUUCCACGUUAGGAGCGACACAUUUGAAGCUGAUCUCUCACCUGCUACAGUCUCGACAGCUGUUGAUGUCCUUGGAUACAUGAAUGACAGGUUUAAAGAUCUCGACACUUCUAAAGAGCUUGAGUACCUCCGAAGGUUCAAGCAAUCCAGGCCCCGAAUUGCCGUCAAUAAUGGGGAACCAGGGACUGAAACAGAUAUCAUUGGUGCUUUCCUCUCCUCAAUCACAUAUUCCUUCGAGUUCUGCAAUAUCCAGCUUGCAUGGCUGGUCACCGAUAAGGAUGACAUACUCACUCCUGGUAGUGAAGAUCUUGUCCUAUCCCUUGCCAGAAUCGAGCUUGGAACCCGGACGAGGAACUCGGCUCGGCUCGCCAUUGAGAAUCUCCAGCUUCAGAUGGUUCGUCCGUCGCACGACAAGCGGCUCAGGUCGCCGAACUCGGCACUCCUUCCAGAGGUAAUAUUCAACGUCGCUUACGUCUCAACAGCCGAUAUUCGGAGGCUUGCUUUUCAGGCAGUUGGCAAGCCUCUGGACGUUCGGCUGACAUCAGGAUUUAUCAUCCCCGCGGCACAUUUGAAUGACUCCAUCAACUGGUCUCUUCAAAAAGUUCAGCAGGCCUCACAGAACUGGAGUCCGAUUGUGUCAAGCCCUCCUCCAGAAGCAGUGAACCUACAGUCAGAAGAGCAAUUGGAACGUAAGAAUUUCAUUGGGGGCAAGCGUCUUGAAUCGCUGCUUAUUGACGCCGAUUUUGCUGGCGCUGUCGUCCACCUCACCGGACAGAAGCCUUCACGAGAAUGGAUUCCUCACCACAGGCCUGCUCGGCCGAGCAGCUCUGGAAAGCAAGGUCAUUUCUCAGCUGAUGAAACCGCGAGCAGCACAACACUUCGGUCACCUGGUUUGGCUUUCAAGCUGGAAUUUAGGGACAACGGCAAGGAUGACCCUUCGCUACAUGCUGAAAUCAAGAUUGACGCCUCCAGCAACACCAUAUAUCCGUCUGUCGUUCCCCUUAUUGUAGAAAUCAGCGACAGCAUCAAGAAAAUCGUUAGCAGUUCCGACGAGGGGACGGAGAGAAAACCCUCACUGAAAGCCCGCGAUGUUACUGCUAGGGUCAAAUUGCCGGAGGAAGACAACAUCCUCGCUACUGAUCCCACAACGAUGCUCGGCCGGGUGAGGCUCAACCUAGGAUUGCGGAUUUGCCGGCAAGAGUUUUCCCUCAGCUGCCAACCUAUUGCAAGAGUCGCUGCUACAGCCAGCUUCGACAGCGUUUACUUUAUUGCAAACACUGUUCGAUCAACGGAUCAGGGCAACUUCUUUGCGGUUUCCGGCAUCUUCACACACCUCCAAGCUUCCGUCCAGCAUGUGUAUUCGCGAGAAUCAACAGGCAGCUUUAAGGUAGAGUCAAUUGUCCUGUCUCUCCUGAACAGCAAACAUCUCAGCGGUACCAGCGGUCUUUCGGCCAUUCUCAAAGUUAGCCCCAUGGAAGUGUCAAUCAAUGCAAAGCAACUUCAAGACUUCUUGCUCUUCCGGGAGAUCUGGAUUCCAAGCAAUAAGGUAGAUCCGACGGCACACCCCGUCGCAAAGCUCGUCACAGAAACCUCCCAAGGACACCUAGUGCAGCGCUACCAACAAGUUGCUGCGACCGCCGCGUUCCCGUGGACAGCGAGCAUUUCCAUCGAAGCACUCAAGAUCGUCGUUGACCUUGGACAAUCCCUGGGCAAAUCAACCUUUUCAAUCCAAGACUUCUGGGUCGCAUCAAAGAAAACAUCGGACUGGGAGCAAAACUUAUGUCUCGGUUUUCGCAUGAUUGGAGUUGAAAGCACAGGAAGAAUGAGUGGUUUCGUCGCUCUGGAAGACUUCAAGUUGCGAACCUGGAUCAACUGGCCCGAACGUGAACAAGCGCUCAAUGAGACCCCGCUGAUUCAGGCGUCUGUGGGAAUUAGGCAGCUCAGAGUCAAGGCAGCCUUCGACUAUCAAGCUUUUCUUGUGGCAGACAUCAGAUCGCUCGAGUUUCUGAUGUACAAUGUCCGGCGCAGUCGUAAAGGGAGUGGCGACAAGCUCAAGGCUGUUUUCAUUGGUGAUGCUGUCCAAAUUUUCGGCACCACUACAUCGUCUUCGCAAGGAGUUGCCUUGUAUCAGGCCUUCAAGCGCCUAAUACAAGAACGAAAGGCAAAUUUUGAAACCUCUCUGAAGGAGAUCGAGAGGUAUCUCCAGCGCAAGUCGGUAUCGGCACCAUCCGACGUAAUCGAGCUUCUCAAAGCCGCAAAGUCCAACGUAAAGGAUGAUAACGUUGUAAAGUCUCCAAUUUCUCUUGACACCGACGUUGCGGUUACCCUGAAGGCCCUUAAUUUGGGCGUCUUCCCCAGUAGCUUCUCGGACCACCAAGUCUUCAAGAUGGAAGCACUCAAUGCCCAGGCACGGUUUGCCGCAUCGGUCAUCGACGAUGGACGCAUCCACAGCAUCCUGGGCCUGACCUUGGGGCAACUGCGCAUAGGACUCGCAAGCGUGCGGUCGCCGGCGUCACCACGAACUCUAGGAGAAUUGAGCGUUGAAGACGUGGUGCAGAGUGCAACUGGUUCACGUGGAGGAACGAUUCUCAAAGUACCCAAGGUCGAAGCAGUCAUGCAAACUUGGCAACGAAAUGACUCUAAACGAAUUGACUACAUCUUCAAGAGUGCAUUUGAGGGCAAAGUUGAGGUUGGCUGGAACUACUCGCGCAUCAGUUACAUCCGCGGCAUGUGGGCGAACCACACAAAGACUCUUGCUCAAACUUGGGGCAGGGAGCUGCCCAACGUGACAGCUAUCCGCGUUACAGGCGUGGGACUGUCGCCAGACGACGAAGGCAAAGGGAAGGUUAAGGAGAAAGAAACAGAGAAGCAAAAAGACAACAAAAUUACGGCCGAGGUCAAUGUACCAGUGUCCAAGUACGAGUAUGUUGCACUCGAGCCACCCAUAAUUGAGACCCCUCAGCUGCGCGACAUGGGCGAGGCCACACCGCCACUGGAAUGGAUUGGCUUGCAUCGCGAGAAGCUUCCGAACCUGACGCACCAAAUAAUACUGCCGCAUACCUACACACUGGACGCAGCCUAA